AUGGGGAUCUUGAUGGAUGAAUCGGAAUUACCAUCGGAGAAAUUUAUGGCCUUUUACAAAAGAUUCGAGUACCUGGCGUAUUCGAUUACUGUGGUCGUUGUGGUGGGAACAAUGUGGAUAAUGAUUAUAUGUAGGUUGCAAAAAUCCUUUAUGUGCGAAUUGUCAUUAUACCAGUUUUUACAUAUAUAAUGACAUUACUUUAGCGUCGCCAAAGAGCCUCUCCAAAUACCGUUGGUUUCUGAUCAAUGAGUUGGCAUGGUAAGGCAUAAAAGUAUACAUGUGUAAUGAACACAUAUGUAAACUAUUUUCAGGUCCUUGAGUUUCGAUACCUUUGCUGCCUUGAUUGGUGGCGUUGUUCUUUAUCCAAUUCCAUGCUAUUACGGAGAGAACAUUGCUAGCUAUUUGCCGAGUGAAUAUGUUCAAGUGUAUGUGAUGUGUGGAAUAGCUUCAAUUGUCUGCAAAUUGACCGCCAUUGCCUUUCAGUUUGAACAUCGAUACUCCCAAUGCCUUUUAGGAACCUCAACGUACAAAGCAUUCUGUUUGAAUCUGACAGGAAAAUCGGAGCUGACCAUCCGUGUCAUCGUUUCCUUGGUGCUGGCGAUUUCUGCAGUGGUAGGUUUUGGAAGUAAUUGAGUUUUAUUGGAAAUGCGUUUUGAGAAAAAUAGCGAAGACUCUAUUUGCUAACAGCUUAACUUGUAAAACGCUUCGUUGAAAUUGGGCGCUACUUUGCGUAUUCCCUCGUCUUCAAAGGUCGCUUUUGCGAAACGCGAAAAUUUUUUUUUGAAAUUGACACGUGACCUUGGUUGAACUUGUAUGCAAAAUUUACGACACAUCUGAGCCUUGCACUAAGGGCACCUCCCUUCGAAAACUCCUCUGAUUUUAGACGCCAUUCCUCCUUCUCAACCCCGACCAAGACGAAGCCAAGAGCCGGCUUUCUGCGAUGGACCCAGUUAUGGCCAAGGUCUUCCAAGAACAUCCCAAUGCAGCGUGUUUCGCUUACGGCACGUCGGCCAGGAAAGCCUUGAUUUCCGAGGUCUUUCUUCUGGUUGGUUAUAUGGCCUUCAGUUUGAUCGUCAUCUUCGCCAUGUACGAUUUAAUCAAACGGAGCUCUUUUUCCCCACACACAUAUCGCUUGCAAUUAAUGUUGUUUAAAUCCUUGGUUGCUCAGACUUCGGUAUUCAUGGUGUUCUUGCUGGGCCCGGUCCUUGUGUUUGUCGUCUUGCCCAUUGCGGGGUUUAGGAAUCUGCCUAGAUAUACAAUGUAUGGGUUUUUAUUGCUGCUUGUUCAUACUCCUUUGGAUUGCUUCAUGAUUCUUUACUUUAUCAAACCAUAUCGAGUUAUUGUGUUGAGGAAUUUGUCGAUUAUACGUCUUCCAAAAUCUUCAAGUUUUACUGCCAGCGUCUCUAAUAACGCGGUUAAACCUCAUCCGACUCCGUCUUGA